UCAAACCUGAAAUUAAGCGGGGCUAAAGAUUUCUUGGCUGAUCUCCCACUCCACCCGGGUCUCGUCUGAACUUGGCAAAACGCCCAGGUAAUUGAUCACUGUGCAACCAGAACACCCGCUCCUCUUGAUUCCAGCAGUGCAGGAGUGUACAACAUGAAUAAUCAAAAAAUGGUGAACUGUCUGUUGCAAGAAUGCAAGCAAAUGUUGGAGCAGCCCUCACUUAUGGUGGAAGAACAUCCCAAGGAAAGCAAGAAUCAACUCUUCGGAGCUUCACUCCCUGAGGAUUUGAGGACUCUCGUCGAAGAGGCCAAGGAAAUGAAGUGGCCCUUUGUGCCAGAAAGGUGGCAAUACAAACAAGCCAUAGACCUUGAAGACAAAACAAAUUUGCAAGAUAUGAUCAAUGCAAGGCUGCAUGAGUUACUGGUUUGCUUAAAAACCUCCAUUGCCAACAGAGACUAUCUGACAGCAACAGCUAUUGCAUUUCUGGUUGACCGGUUUUUAUAUUGGGUUGAUGGUUCCAGCCAGCUUCUUCAAAUUGUCAAACGGCUGCAUCAGCUUGAGCCUACGGUACCAAUUGCCCCUCAGCUGGUUAUCCGUCAGGCUCGCAUCUCUGUGAAUUCAGGUAAAUUAUUGAAGGCUGAAUAUAUUCUUAGCAGUCUUAUUAUUGACAAUGGGGCAACAGGAGUAUGGAAGUACUGUAAAGAAAGUGAUCGUAUUCUUGUUCAAUCUGUCUGUAUACAGAUCAGAGGACAGAUUCUACAGAAACUGGGGAUGUGGUAUGAAGCAGCAGAGCUGAUUUGGGCCUCAAUUUUGGGUUAUUUUACACUUCCCCAGCCAGAUAAGAAGGGAAUAGCUACCUCACUGGGUAUUUUGGCAGACAUCUUUAUAUCCAUGAGUGAAGAUGAUUACAUCAGAUUUAAAAACAAUUCUCAGCUGGGCCUGAACCUUCUUAAAGAAUUCAAUCAUCGUUUGCUUUCAGCUGCCGAAGCUUGCAAGCUGGCGGCAGUCUUGAGUCAGUUCACACCAUUGUUUGUGCUCACUGCAGUUAAUAUCCGGGGAAUAUGUUUGCUAACUUACAGCUGUUCAAGUGUAUGUCCUCCAGAAAAGCGAGCAUUUUAUUUAUCACAAGCAAAGGAGUCCUUUGAAAUUGGUUUAUUGAGCAAGAAGGACAAAGAACCAGUCACCAGCAAACAGGAGCUCCACAGUUUUAUCAAAGCAGCUUUCUCCCUUGCCAAAGUACACCAGCGGCUGUAUGGGGAAAGCAAGAGCCUUAAUCAGGUGAAUCAGUUGUGCCAGGAAGCUUUGGAGAAGCUUUGUGCUUACAGUUAUUCACUUCAAAAUGAAGAGCAGGAAAAAGAACUGCUUGCUAAAGACAUCAUGUCCCUGGUCAUGUCAGUUAAAGAACAAUUGCAAGUGCAAAAUUUUCCUAAUUCAGAUGCCAAAUCCUACAUUCCCGAUAGCUACAAAACGGAUGUCAAAAAAGAAGUUCUGAAUUGUGAUUUGAGCUUUGAGGAGGUUCUCAGAAUGUAUUUUCAGCAUCAUGAAUCAGUCUGUGAUGUUUUUGAAAGUUCUUGCAGAAACCAUAAAAUUAGACCAGGAAAAGGGAAGGCAAGAGUCUGUAUAACAACUUUGAAGACCGAAACCAGAAAUAUGGAUACCAUAUGUGCCACUGAAGCAAAUUCUCAUUAUGAAAAUCACAGCGUAGCAAUCCUAGUUUCACAGAAAGCAAGGAAAAGACAUGAUGGCCUUAAAGACCAAAUGGGAAAGAAAAUUUCUCACAUUGUUACAAGGGGGGUUUCUCUUGAUGAUCAGACAGAAAGCGAAACUUCUGAUAAUCAAAACAAAGCUGGUGAGAUUUCAGUGGAUUCCCAAGGUGGGAAUAAAGUCUUUAGUGAACUGGGAACUUGGAGCAAAUUGUCCAGAUCAAGCUCCAAUACUAGUUGGGAAGAAAUUGUCAAUAAUAAAAACGAUCUACCCCAAGAUAAGGUGCAGAAGACAAAGAACACUACAGAGUUGCCUGAAGAUACUGAAAAGAAAAUUCAAGAAAGUGAUCUUUGUUUGUUAACUAAUAAAAUACAUAAAAUCAUACUUCAACACUCUCAAAAUGACACAGUUUCUUUAAAGCAUCCCUUUCCAAAAAGCAUACCUUUCACUAAUACACCAAAAGAAUUGGACCCAAAUUUAAGAAAGAAACAUAUGGAGGCAGGAGUGGAUGCUUCAAAACAAUCAUCCGGAAGAGCUAGUAGCAGCAACUCCAAACAAGAUAAAGUAAUGAGUGUUACAUCUGAAAAAGAUCUUUUUGGAAUAAUUUCUUCAGGGAAGAUUUCCAGAACCAAGGACAGCAGCAAUGUUGCUAUUUCUAGUAUUGGAAAAGGAAGCAUCGAAGACAAUGCAAACCAUACACGAGAUUCAGGCCCAAUAAGUAGAAAUCAUUGGCAAAUGGUUGACUUAGAAGGAGAAACAGAAGAGGGGACGGAAGAUUCACUAAUGAAUCCAGAUCUACCCAGUGAAAAGACAGUACCUGCUUCUAUAAGAAACAAUGUUUUAAAAGCUGAAUGUGACCAUUUUGUACAAAAUUGGAUUAAUCAAUCUGCCAAUAUGAUGUUAACAGGAGGCUCUCCUAAAAUAUCUGAAGUUAAAACACAAGCAGAAGAUGACUGGGAACUGGUUUCUGAUGAUAGAAGAGAGUUAACAGACCAUUGUUCCAAUGAAGGUCUAAUAAAAGAUCCACAAAAUUACAGGACUGAGGCCCCAAGUUGUUCAUUAGGUUGGGGCAACAAGCAAGUUUCAAAUCAUUCUAGUGAUUGUGCUACAACUGAAGAAGAUGAAGGUGAAAAUAUGAAAGGCAUUUUAAACGGCUGCCACAGCUCAAGCUCUUGGAAAUCAUGGUACAAAGGACCCAGUUUUUCCAGUAGUUUUUCUGAACUGGGAAGUUCUCCCUUAAUGAAUUCUAGCGGAAGCUCUUUUUCCUUUAUUAGCAUGGUCAAAGAACAAAUGCAACAAGCUCGUACUCUGAGCAAUGAUGAUUAUAACAAGCUAUUUUCAGGUGUUGAACAUGCUUGGCUAGUUGAGAGAUUGAAGAAUACAGGAUUCUUUAAACCAAACCUCCUGCAUAAAACACACUAUGCUCUUCUUUUGAAAUAUUCUAAGAUAUCUGGGCUGUGGACAGCUCAGGAGACAGCUGCAUAUAUUGGAGAUAACCUGAGUGUGGCAAAGAAAGGCAAGCAGAGGAAUGCUUUUUGGGUGCACUUUCUGCACCAAGAAGAAACCCUGGGAAGGUAUGUUGGCAAAGAAUACAAAGAAGAAAAAGAAAUUAUGUACCAUUUCAAUGAUGUGGAACGGCAAAUGACAGCUCAGUACUAUGUGACAGAAUUCAACAAAAGACUGUAUGAGCAAAACAUCCCUACACAAAUCUUUUACAUUCCAUCAGUGGUACUCUUGAUACUAGAAGGCAAGUCUAUCCAAGGAUGUGUAACUGUGGAACCCUACAUUCUAGGAGAAUUUGUGAAGUUAUCCAACAACACCAAUGUAGUAAAAUUGGAGUACAAAGCCACAGAAUAUGGACUUGCAUAUGGUCAUUUCUGCUACGAAUUUUCCCAAGGCACAGAUGUGGUGGUCGAUUUACAAGGCUGGGUGACUGAUAAUGGAAAAGGCCUCAUUUAUCUUACUGAUCCCCAGAUCCAUUCUGUCUCUAAGAAAGAAACAUCAGGCCUUACAAACUUUGGAAAGAAAGGAAUCUACUAUUUCUUCAAUAAUCAGCAUACAGAAUGCAAUGAAAUCUGUUCCCGUCUUUCAUUGACAAGACCUACAACAGAGAAACCAAAGUGAUAUUAGAUGACCCCUUUACCCAAGAGUCAGUGGUGAAAUCCAAAUUUUUUUACUACCAUGGCUAUCAGGGCAUGGCUUGGUGGCCGUGAUGUGGCUUGGUGGGCAUGGCAGGGGAAGGAUACUGCAAAAUCUCCAUUCCCAUCCACUCCAGGGGAAGGAUACUUCAAAAUCUUCAUUCCCACCCCACUUCAGGGGAAGGAUACUGCAAAAUCCCCAUUUCUUCCCCACUCCUGGGGGAAGGACACUGCAAAAUCUCCAUUCCCACCCCACUCCAGGGGAAGGAUACUGCAAAAUCUCCAUUCCCACCCCAGUCUGGGACCAGCCAGAGGUGGCAUUUGCCGGUUCUCCGAACUACUCAAAAUUUCCUCUACCAGUUCUCCAGAACCUGUCAGAACCUGUUGUAUUUCAAGAGUCCCUGCUGUGACUUUUCAACAAACAUCUUUUCCUAUUUUUUAAUAUCUGCACCAUAAUAUCCAAUUAAAAUGUGUUAUGUGCGUUCUGAUAUCAAAAGUUCAUUCUGUAAUAAGGUCGAGGUAUUACUCAUAAGGAGAGACCUUGCAUUUAGUUGCUUCUUUUGUAUCUUACUCUUUGUACAAUUGCAGUGUUGUAUGCACAGAAGUGUUGUUCUAACUACAGAAAUACCGGUAGCUCUGUGCUUCAGCAUCAUACAAAUUAGUCAUUGAAAGUCGGUACUGAUAAAAGACAGUCUAUACACCACCGAAUCUUAUCUGGAAAUGAUUAUUAAUGCAACUGAGCAAAGCUAAAUAGGCUUGGUAAGGCUCUCAGCUCAGCCAGCACGCAUGUUCUUUAUGUCAUGCAUUUUAAGUACAUUUUUUUCCAAAAGACUGCAUUUCUCCUUUCUUGUAUUAAUACUGCAACACAAAUAAACUAGCUGAGCAUUGUUAAAUUCAUUAGUCACCAGAUUUCAACAACUGCUUAGAUUUAUAUAUUAAGUGAGAGCUCUGCUUUGAACUUGAGCCAUGGACCCUGAUUCAUUUUCAACUUAUUAUCCAGGGACCAACAAGGAACACAUGAUAAUAGGUGCCCACAUGUUAAAAACAAUACUUCGUAUUAUAGUCAUGGAAUCAAGGUGAUCCAAAAAAGUUCACAAGGAAGAAGGAAAAUUUUUUUCCAGUUGUGAUAAUCAUGGAUGUUAUAGGUCAUGAUCUAAUCCUGUAUCCUGAUGUUUCUUCAAGUGUCUGGCAUCUUCAUAGGUACAAAUUAUAUCCUUCUUGAAAGCUAACAAAUCAAAACAAAAAUAACUUCAUAAGAACCUAAACACCACCAAUUCCACCCUAAAAUAUUGAAGCAACAAAAAAAUAAUUAAAAGCAAUUAAAAAGCCCUACAUUUAACUUUUCUUAAAAGGUCAGUGUGUCAAAAAUCUGCAAUAUUAUCUUUAAUGCCAGUCUCACAUUUGUGACAGAGAAAGAUGCAAUCCAUAAAACUAUUUAAGCCUGGUCUUAAUUUAUUCAAUAGUGUUUAUUAAAGAAUGUACAGUCCUAGACCAAACCUUAAAAUAAAACAUUGAAUAAAAAAUAAAUAUAUAAUAAUGUUAGUUAAUAAUUCAAAAUAAAAAUAUAAUUGUGGAAAGAUCUUGGAUUUAAGGAGCUUAAUGGUAUAUGAACUUGUUAUGUAUGUAUGUUUGGACAUGUAUGUGUUUAAUGUGUAAUUAAAAUAGUCCAUCUCAGUGAAGACUUCACUUGGAAAAACAGUACGAUCCAGGUGGCCAGGAAUGCCCAACAGAGACUCCAUUUCCUUAGGGUCUUGUGUAAAAACAGGGUGGGACAACAUCUGAUGACCUCCUUUUACCAGUCCACAAUAGAAAGUGUCCUCACUUAUUGCAUCACGGUAUGGCAUGCUGGUCUGACAGCCGCGGAUAGAAAAACAUUACAGAGGGUGGUGAGUACAGCACAAAACAUUGUGGGCUGUCCCCUGAUACCACUAGACGAGAUCGCUAGGGCUCACUGCCUUAGAAGAGUGAGGAAAAUCUUCAGGGAUAACUCUCGCCCUGGUCAUCACUUCUUUACCCUCCUACCAUCGGGAAGGAGAUGUAGAAGUAUAGCCAACUGCACAAACAGGCUGAAGAACAGUUUUUAUCCAUGGGCUGUCAGACUCCUGAAUGAGAAAUAACAUCGUAACUACGUAGUAUGAUGGACUGCAGGGCCGGCACAAUGUGUAACAUGUUCACACUGGUGCAAUAGGACUGGGUGUUUUGUUAAUAUUAUUUAUUGGGUUAGGGAUUUUCUAUCUUCACUGUUGAGUUGUAUUGUGUUGGGGGGGUGCACUGAGGGAGCUCAACCAAUCUCAUUGUACAGAUGUUGUGCACUGACAAUAAAGAUUUGAAAUUAGAA